UCGUGGCGUCUGUUCAAGGCGCGGAGAGCGGUUCUCGCUGGCAAUAAGAAAAAAAAAACAUUCUUUUGAAUCAUUGUGCUGUGAAUUCACGCGAGGUAGUUCUCCUCGCGUACAUCAGUGCCGAGUUAUAAGUGCACCCACGUGACUGCCUGCUGUACGCGCUCAAAUUACGGUCUUCGUCUCUCAAUUCGGCAUGCAGGACUUUCAUGUCGCGUCCUCUCCAACGUUGGAAGCCACACCAGUGCAACUUUUCAGGGGAACAGUCAUCGCAAAGGGCGAACAAUGACCUGGUUUUACGCUUUCACCUGCACGCUCCUUGUGCUUCAUGCAGCAGUAAUAUCGCGAUCCGAAGACCAAUAUACGUGCGACAGCAACACCUUGCUUCCUCCUCGUUUGCUCCGCGAGAUCCGUCAAUACAAGCCAAUCGUAGACAAGAUCAUAGACACCGUUGUGUACGGCGACGAACAAAAUGUGACCUACGAGGAACUGGCCAAGUUCGUGGACACGUUCGGCGCCAGGCCGUCCGGCAGUAAGAGCUUGGAAGACUCGAUCGACUACAUGUUCGACAUGCUGCGAGGCCAAGGACUAGACUUCGUGCAUACUGAGAACGCGAGCGUGGUAAACUGGCAGAGGGGCCACGAAGAAGCGUGGAUGGUGGAGCCCAGGUUGAAGCGAAUGGACAUCCUGGGCUUGGGAAACAGUGUGGCCACACCGCCAGGUGGCAUCACAGCGCCGGUGCUGGUCGUUGGGUGCUUCGAAGAGCUCGAAGAGAAUUCGAGCAAGGCAAAGGGCAAAAUAGUUGUGUUCAACCAGGAGUUCGUCACCUACGGGAAGACGCUCAAGUACCGCGUGCAGGGAGCCUCGGCAGCGGCGAAGGCAGGUGCCGUGGCCGCACUCGUGCGCUCCUUGACGCCCAUGUCGAUCAACAGCCCGCACACGGGUUACAUGCUGUACGACGAAAACGCCACCAUGAUACCGACUGCAUCUAUCACCGUCGAGGACGCCGAACUUCUGGCUCGAUUGCAAGAACGAGGAACCGAGCCUGUCGUGAAGCUGGUGAUGGGAGCCAUGUCACUGCCGCCUGCUGUUUCUCGGAACACGAUUGCGGAAAUUCGCGGUGACAGCAAACCGGAAGAGGUCGUUCUGCUUUCUGGUCACUUGGACUCCUGGGACGUCGGUCAAGGUGCCAUGGACGACGGUGCUGGCGCCUUCAUCUCGUGGCGGGCUCUUGUUGUUCUGCGACGUCUGGGCCUCAAGCCUCGGCGCACGCUACGCUGCGUUCUCUGGACCGGAGAGGAGCAAGGUAUCACAGGCGCACUGGAGUACUUCCGCCGCCACUUCGCACGUGAGCAGCACCUCAUGAACCUCGUCAUGGAAUCGGACUCCGGAACGUUCCGUCCUUUGGGCCUCGGCUUCUCGGGCUCCAACGGGCGUGCUCGUUGCAUCGUGGCCGAGGUGCUCCGCUUGUUCGCGUCCAUUAAUGCGACGCAACUUACACUCCGAGCUUCGGAGGCCGACGUUUCGCCCUGGAAUGAAAAGGGCGUGCCAGCCGUGUCUCUGAGCACUGCUAACGACAAGUACUUCUACUUUCACCACACCCAGGCGGACACGAUGAGCGUGUUGGACCGGCACGAACUGGACCUCUGCACAGCCCUCUGGGCGGCUGCUUCGUACGUUUUUGCUGACCUCACCAUUCGCCUUCCUCGAUGACAGAAUCACUUGAAG